AUGCCGCGCAACAUCCUUUCCAUCCCACCAAAGCGCACCCCUUCCAUCUCUGGUGCACUCACCACUGCCAUUCGCAGCUACAUCUCCAACAACUACACAGACACGCAUCCAGACGCCUUUUCGGAUGAUGUGCGUGACUUUGUGCGCCUUCGCGACCAGAUCAGCUCGGUCGAAGUUCACGUCUCUGCAAUCGAGCCGUUGCUACGCUACCAUGCACAGCUCGUCUUCUUCUCCACCAAGUUCCCUGCCAACAUCAAUCUCUCGUUCCCCUGGUCACUUUCGUUCCCGCCGUCAUUGCCGUCAUGGACAACAACCAUCUCGGGCGCUAUGGAAGCUACCAAGUCGGCCGAAGCGGGUCCAGCGUCGGGGAUAAGCUAUGCAACCAGUGACACGGUUGCUCACCCGGAUCUGGUCUUUGAACGAGCCAACAUACUGUUCAGCUUGGCCGCGCUCUACUCAGCACUCGGCAGUGCGGAAUCGAGGGCAGAAAACGAAAGCAUCAAGCGUGCCACAGCUUGGUUCCAGAAAGCAGCCGGUGUCAUUCAGUAUGUCAUCGGCAACCUCGUCGAGCCCACACGUCAUCUCUCGCCACCCUCCUCGGACCUCAACCCACGCCUGCUCAGUUGUAUCAGGGAUUUGAUGCUCGCCCAGGCGCAAGAAUGUUUUUGGCAGAAGGCCGUCAUGGAUCGUCUCAAGGACGCCACCAUUGCAAAAUUGGCAGAGCAGGUCGCACAGUAUUAUGCGUCUGCGUUGAAGGCCGUCACCGAAGCUCCGACGCAGGAGAACGGUGGUAAUGAUAGCAGCAAAGUGGAUCCGGCGGAUACGGCCAAGUUGACGCUUCCGCCUGGUUGGGACAAUCAUAUCACCGUCAAGCGGUGGCACUUUGGAGCUGCUGCACAAUACCGCAAAGCCUGCGAUGAUCUGGCUGCGAAUCGGUACGGCGACGAGCUGGGCAGGUUGCAUUUGGCCGAGCAGCUCGCCAAAAAGGCGCUUGAUUCCAGUAAAAGAGCGGUCAGCAAUGCCAUCACCAGCGAUCUCGAGGGCCUGCAGGGUAUCAUCAAAUCCAACAUCGCCCGUGCCACGCGCGACAACGAUCUCAUCUACCUCGAAGCUGUCACGCCCGCAGCGCAGCUCUCGCCAAUUCAGCCUGCAGCCAUGGUGAAACCGGUGGUGCCUGCCGAAGUGGCCCAGCCCAUUGUCCACCUACGCGAUGCUCCGCAGCCAGCCUACGGUCGACCACUGUUCGCUGAGCUCGUUCCGUACGGCGUUCAUCUGGCCAUCAGCAUCUACGACGACCGCAAGGACUCGUUUGUUCGCGACACCAUUGGCGGCAAGAGAGACGAGCUGGAUGCAAUUGCCACGAGCACGCUGCAGAGUCUGAACCUGCCCGGAUCGCUACAGGCGCUCGAGCAGCCGAUGGGGCUCCCGCCGUCGCUGCUGCGCAAGCACGAAGAGGUGGUGGCCGAAGGAGGCUUGGAGAGGCUGCAGCGCAUCGCGCAUGAUGUGGCGCGCAUCGCAGCCACGGACCGCGACACGCUGGCGGAGGCGCUGGCGCUGAUCGAGCACGAGGAGCGCGAGGACGAGAGCGUGCGCGCGUCGUUUUCGGAGCAAGGCUGGGGCAGGCAGAGCAGUGGCGAAGUGAAUGGCGGGUUGAAGGCGCAGGCGGCCGAGUACCAUGCGACGCUCGUCAAGGCGGCUGCGUCGGACGAGAUUGUCAGGGGCAAGUUGGAGGAUUGGGAGGAUUUGAUUGGGGUUUUGGGCGGGAGUAUGGGGGGGUUGGAGGCGUUUGUGCCGUCGUCGAAUCCGAGUGUUUCCGCGACGGGGAGGGGGUCGGAGAAGCAGGUGGCGGCAGUUCGCGCGUUGAGGGAGGAGAUGGAGCAUCUGGACGACCUGCUCGAUUCCAGGUCCGCCUGUGUCACCGAAGCCAAGGCGUUAGCUGCGUCGGACGAUAUCCGGCCAUUGGUGAUGCGCGAAGCUGCGCUUCUUUCCCCUUCUCCAGCAGCAGGUGCGGCCACGGGCGAAGUGUCAGCCGCAGACUUCGAAGAGCUCUUCGACCGCCAGUUGGCCAAAUACACACGUUUCGAUCAGGACCUCGCCGCCUCGUCCGCCGCGCAAGCGGCACUGCUGGAACGCAUCAAGCAGCGCAACGCCGAAUUCGUCGAAGCGCGGCGCAGCGACGCCACCAUCCAGCGCCGCGAGAAGGCGCUGCAGAGUCUCGAUGCGGCGUACGCAAAGUACCGCGAGCUCUCGAGCAACCUGGUGGAAGGGCUUGAGUUUUACAAUGGCCUUGCGAGGAUCUUGAGUGGGUACAGGGACGCGGUGCGUGAGUGGACGAGGGCGAGGCAGGUGGAUGUGCGCUGGCUCGUGCAGAAGAUGCAGGAUGUGAGCGUGGCGGGUGCGAGGGAGGAGCAGGAGCAGGAGGAGGGCGCCGCGGUGGGCAGGCAGACGAGGAGCCGCACGCGGAACUCUUUGCAGCAGGCGCAGCAGCAGCCUACCAGGCCGGAGGAGGACAGCGGGAGAGCGGAUCCGUCGAAGGUGCCUCUGCAGCAGCAGCAGCAGCAGCCACCGCCUCCGCAGUGGGGCGCUCUCCCACCCGGAGCCAAAAUCCAGUUCCGCGAAUGA